UCUCCUCGAGUCCCCUGCAGCAGUGGAGAGGGUGUCUCCUCUCAGCAGAGGAGAGCAGACCUCUGCUGCACCUGUCCCCUCAGCGGCGCUGCCAAAGCUGGAAACCGGAAGUUGGAUGGAAAAACAGAACUCGGCUUCACAAUGAGGCUUGGAGUGCAGGUGCAGCUGCUCCAUCCAUCAUCUGUGCUCGCCGCUCGCCACUCACCACACAAGAAUUUCUCCUCGCAUUUGGCGAGUGGGCGAAUGGCUUUUUCAAGCCCUGUCUUA